CGUAAAUGGCACAAUGUAACUUCAGCCCUGGAUACAGAGAUGAAGAGACGAAUAACGUAUUUUGGGGUGCUAUAAUCCGGCGACACCCGACCAAUUCCGUAAAAAGAAAAUCCAGGUGGUGCGGUGACGUAGGCUACUGGGAUACAUAUUUUACAGGCCUAUCGUCUAUUCUGAAGACAUUCAACAGCUCUUUUUGUGGUGGGCAACUGCAGCUGGAACAAGCAAUCCUCGUCAACCGUGCUUUUCCUAAAUGCUUUGGAUGAAAUAUAUGGAGGUUAAUGCAUUUAGGUUCGUGUUCAUUUCUGAGCAAAAACAAAGAUACGAUUAUUAAAGAUUCGAUGAGUACUGAAUGCAGCAUAUAAUAGGCCUACAUUAUUAUUAGGAAUUCUAAGAGAUCACUAAACAGAAAGUAGGUUAUAGCUAGUAGCUACCGCACCAAGAAUUACCCCUGAAGUCAUUCCCUAAGAAAAAAAAAGGACAAACAGAAAAUGUUAGCCUAUGUGUAAACGCUUUCAAUCUACGAAACGCCUACUCAGAAAACUGCGUUUAUCUGGUAUUUACAUCAAACUCCUUAGAAGUGAAACUUGCGGGACACCGGGAUAAAACAAUUCGAAAUUAAGCAAGCCCCUUGUAUACACGACUGUGCCAUCCAGUUCUGUGAAUUCAGUGCGUAAAACCGAAAGAAGUGUUUCCUGUAAAUCAGUUGCGGGGAGGUGGAGCCACUGAAUACACUUAAGCUUGCACGGAAAACAACGCCAGAUUCUUGCAAAGCGCCACAGAGGUAAGAAACCCCUCUGUCUUCAUUCCGACUAAAACUAACAGCUGUGGAUUUACAGUGUCGAUGAAAACAAUAUCGACCCCGGGUUUGUGGAAGUACCGCUUGAAGCGAAUCAGGACCGCUAGCUCAAGGUCCACCUUCCAAUUCGGUUCCAGUGCAGAAAAUAGAGAUUUUUGCCAGGACAUUUCUAAACAUUUCGGACGUUCAAAACCGACGGUCAGACUGGAUGUGGGACGCUAUGGGAGGCCGCAUGGGCCGGCCCUUGUUGUAGGAUGGUAGCGCAGGGCAAUGUGGAAGGCAAUGCAUCAGCUGCACACAGAGAGGGGUCAGACCGUCAGCCGGCCGACCCCUUGCCCUGCCGACAGGGCCACCCGCACCCCCGGGCCCUGGCCCUGCCCCCACCACGGCCCCAGAACCUGGAGUACCCCACACACUUCCGCACCUUCAAAAACGUGGAGGACUUACACCUUAUCACUGCCACCAGCACCAUGCUGGAGACCAGCGGCUUCUACUGGGGGCCCAUGGCAGUGGAGGAGGCCCACUCUCGCCUCAGGGGGGAGCCACUGGGAACCUUCCUGGUGCGGGACAGCCAGCAAAAGGACGUCUUCUUUACCCUGAGCUACCGGAGCCCCUCCGGGCCCGUCAGCAUCCGGAUAAACUUCCAGGCCUCCCGCUUCAGCCUGUCGGGCAGCAAGGAGUCUUUCGACUCAUUGUUCAAACUUCUGGAGCACUAUACCUCCACUCCACGGAAGAGCCUGACCAGGCCGUACAGGAAGGUGAGGCUACGCACUCUGCAGGAGCUGUGCCGGCAAAGAAUAGUGCAGACAUGGGGCAGGGAGAGGAUCCACACCGUCCCGGUCAACCAUAUCCUCAAAGACUUCCUACUCUCAUUUCCUUGCCGUUUGUGAAGAGCGCCGUCAGGUUUACAAAACAAAGGCAGUAAACCUCAUCGGCAAGUCACGCGGGAUAUACUUGAGUUUCUGAGGCUAUGCGUGGUUUUCAGCAACGUUAUUCGUUGUAAAGCAAAAUAGUUUUUUUUGUAGCAGACGAUGCAUUUUCUGAGGAAAAUACAGACUCCAAUAGCUUCAUAUUGAGAGUUUACAUGACGGUGAAUGUAUACACUAUGCAGGAAAUGUCCAUAUCUUGCCCAUCAUAUGUCUGCUAUGCAGAUCAUUUCAGACACACACUGAAAAAUACUUAAUUAUAUAAAUACUUAACAUAAAUAAAUACUGUUUUUUUAAAAA